GCACCCCCCCCCGAGUGCUGCUGGGACGGGGGGAGUCUGAACCCGGGGGUUUCGGGGGGGUUUCGGGGGGCAGCCGGGUACGGUUGUGCGUGUGCGACUGUUGGGGGGCUGGGGGGGGGGGUGCGGCUGCGUGUUUGUGCGGGCGGUUGCGUGUCGGUGCGCGGGCGGGUGUGGGGUGCGCGUCCGUGUGUCGGUGUGCGGGGCGUGUGUCCGUGUGCGGUUGUGUGCAUCAAGCGUCCGUGUGCGGUUGUGCAGUCGUGUGCGAUUGUGCAUCCGCGUGUGGUGGCGGGGGGGUUGUUUGUCCGUGUGCGGUUGUGCGUCCGUGGGUGGUUGUGUGUGUGUGUCGAGUGUGUGCAGUUGUGCAUCCGUGUGCCGUCGUGAGUGCGUCAUGUCCGUGCGCGGUUGUGCAUCUGUGUGUGAUUGUGUCAAGCGUCCGCGUGUGGUUGUGUGUGUCAAGUGUCCGUGUGCAGUUGAGCAUCUGCAUGGCAUCAUGUGUGGGUCGUGUGUCCACGUGUGGUUGCGUGUUGUGUCCCUGUGUUGUAUCCAUGUGCGGUUGUGCAUCCGCGUGUCGCUGUGUGUGUCAAGUGUCCGUGUGCGGUUGUACAUCCAUGUGUGAUUGUGAGCGUUGAGUGUCCGUGUGCAGUUGUGCGCCCACGUGUGGUUGUGAGUGUGUCGUGUCCGUGUGCGGUUGUGUGUGUCAAAUCUCUGUGUGUGGUUGUGCGUCCAUGUGCGGUUGUGCGUCCACAUGUGAUUGUGAGUGUCACGUGCCCACGUGCGGUUGUUUGUCCGUGUGUGUUGUGUCACGUUGUGCACGCGUGUGAGGGGUGUCAGGGUGUGGGUGUGAGUGCCGGUUGUACCAUUGCGUGUGUGUCAGUCUACUGGCACAGGCAUGAGACAUGUGUGCGCGAUGGUUGUGCGCUGCGUGUGCGUGCAGGGUGCAUUCACGUGCUUGUCGGUGUGCAGGUGCUGUGCGCCUGUAGCGUGUGUGCGCACAUGUGUGCGCAGGGUGUGAGCACGGUCUGUGCGUGUGCAUGGUGGUCGUGCGUGUGUGCACACGUGUGCAGACAUGACGCACGUUUGCUCUGUGCAGGGUGUUUGUGUGCGCUGCGGGUGUUGUGUGCGUUGUGUACGUGCAUGUGCGGUGUGUGUGUGCAGUGUGGGUGUUGUGCACGUUGUAUACGUCCGUGCACUAUGGCUGUUGUGUGUAGCACAGGGGUUGUGCAUGUGCACGCACGGAGCGUGCGUGCAGCGCGGGUGUUGUGUACGUGCACAGACUGUGCGCUCCGGCUGUUUGUGCACAGCGCGGGUGUUGUGUGCUCUAUGUGCGUAUGUGUGCUCUGUGCAUGAGUGUGCAGUGCAGGUGUUGCGUGUGUUGUGUACGUGUGUGCAGUGUGGGUGUUGUCUGCGUUGUGUAUGUGCAUGCACUAUGUAUGUGUGUGCAGUGCAGGCUGCACGUGUGUGCGUGUCGCGUGUGUGCAUGCCGUAGGUGUUGCGAGUGUCGUGUAUGUGCAUGGACUGUGCAUGCUGCGGUUGUUGCGUGUGUUGUGUAUGUGCUGGUGUGUCCAGUGCAGCUGUUGCGUCUGUCAUAUAUGUGCACGUACUCUGUGCAUGUGCGCGCUGUGGGUGUUGCGUGCACUCUGUGUGUGUGCAACACGGGUGUUGUGUGCGUUGUGUAUGCGCGUGCACAGUGUGUGUGUGCGGUGCAGGUGUUGUAUAUGUCCACACGCUGUGGCUGUUGCGUGUUCAGUGCAGGCGUUGCGUGUGUGCUGUGGGUGUUGCGUACGUGCACAGACUGUGUGCUGGGGGUGUUCGUGCGCAGCGUGGGUGUUGCGUGCACUCUGUGUGUGUGUGCGCUGGGGGUGUUGUGCGCGUUGUGUUUGUCCACGGGCUGCGUGCUGGGAGUGUUCGUGUGUUCUGUAUGUGCGUGUACUCUGUAUGUGUGUGUAGUGCAGGUGUUGCACGUGUUGCAUGCGUGCACCGCCUGGGCACAGCGUGCACACACCGGAGAUGUUGUGUGUGUUGUGUACGUGCGUGGACUGUGCACGCGGCGGUUGUUGUGUGCGUUGCGUACGUGCUGGUGUGCGCAGUGUGGGUGUUACCCGUGCUGUGUACGUGCACGUACUCCGUGUGUGUGCGUGCGCGCGCAGCACGGGUGUUGCACACACUGCAGGUGUGCACGGACCGUGCACGGUGUGCGCACGCUGUGGGUGUUGCCUGUACGUUGCGUACACGCUGUUGUGUGCGGCGCAAGUGUUGUGUGCGUUGUCUACGUGCACGCACGGGGCGGGCGCGCGCAGCGUGGGUGUCGUGCACAUUGUACACGCGCGUGCGCCGUGCGUGCGCGCUGCGGGUGUUGCGUACGUUGUACCGGUGUGUGUUCUACGGCUGGUGUGUGCCGUGCAGGGGCGCGCGUGCGCGAGCCGGGGCUGCCGCGCGCGUUGCGGACGUGCGCGCGCUGGGCGCGGGUGUGCGCAGCGCGGGUGUUGCACGCGUCGCGCUCGCGGCCCGUGCGUGGUGCGCCUGUGCGUACCCCCGCCGCGUCGCACACGUUACACGCGUGCACCCGCCACGCCGUGCACCGCCUGUCCCCCCACCGGGUGGGUGGGUGGCUGGGUGUCCCCCCCCACCGCCUGUUGCACCCCCCCUUUUCUGCCUGUACACGUGUGCGACUGUAGCCUGCGUCACCCCCCCCGCGGGCCGAGGGGUGUCCCCAGCCCCUCGCGCACACUCGGGGAGCGCGGUGACACGUCCGUCACCCGUGUCCGCCUGUGUGCGUCACCCACCUGACCCCCCCCUCGCACCCC